AUGUAUCUAUUAUCUCACCAUUUUUAUUGCUCAGCUGUAUAUCUUUGUUUUCCAACCAGCAUUUUUCAGAAAAAGCUUUAUGUUCCUUACCCCGAUAACGGCCGCGCUCUCGACAAUAUUGUAGAGCAACUGAAACAAGUCCCGGCUGAUCCAAUCCCGGCUGCUCCAAUCCCAGCUGCCAUGAAAUCUGAGCAUCAGGCUCGAGCUGCUAUACCCCGCAAGGAGUGUGCUUAUUGUAAAAGCGUCGGAAAACCCGCAGCUGGGCAUGCUAAGACAGCCUGUCCAGUGCUGUCGAGUAUGAAGCCUUGCUCGCUUUGUGGUGCUGAUGGAUUCGAUAAUCAUACUGAGACGUAA